AUGCUUCAACUUGGUCUUCUUGCCGCUGGGCAUCUUCCUGUCGUCUUUGUUAUAAUCUUUACGCUAAUGCUGAGUAUAUCAUACACUUUAGCUGUAUGGCAAGGCGAUAUUGAUCCUAUUUUUCCUUAUAUUUCGUCUUCUGGAGAUAAUCGUCCUGAAUCAUGUUUCUUUAGUAUGAUGCUGAACCUAUGCUCAUUUAUUAUAAUGCUUGUUAUUCAUCUAAGGUAUUCAUUGGUUGUUGAACUCAAUCGAGACUCAGAUAAUUGCUUGAAGCUUUUGAAUACUUCCAGUUGUGUUUUUGGAAUACUGAGUUCAUUUGGCAUGUUCAUCGUUGCUAACUUUCAAGAGUCAGCUGUUAUUACAGUACAUUAUGUUGGAGCAUUUACCUGUUUUGGACUCGGAUGUUUGUAUAUGAUUUUACAAUCUUACAUCACCUUACAUAUGUAUCCGUUGUACAAUAACCUGAGGAUUGGUUGUAUACGCAGUGUGUUAGCAAUAUCUGCUAUUCUGUGCUUUGCUACAGCUGUUUAUUUCGGUAUCGCUGCAUCAAAUGAAUUUCAUAAGUAUCAUCCUAAUUUACCUACUCCAAGACCGUGGUCACGAAAAGCAGAUCAAGCGGGCUAUAAUCUGCAUUGUGUUUCUGCUAUCGCAGAGUGGUGCUUAGCAGUGUGCUGUGCAUUAUUCAUUUUGAGCUUCUCUCGCGAUUUUGAGAAACUUCGUGUUGAGAUAAAUGUGCAGCCACUGGUUUCACAUCUAGAUCGGAGUCCACUCUGGCAGUCUACUGCAGAUCUUAAUUCCAUCUGA